UGUCUCUUUCUCUCAAGCUCUCGAUUACCGUACAAAAACCACUUUACAGUAUCGUUUUCCAAGUUGUUAGAUAGACUUUGGUUCGUUCCGGCUGUGUUAAAGUGAUUUAACUUGAAGAAUAUUUAAUUAGAAGUUAAUAUUGUGAAUAUGGCUCCCAUUGAUGGAACCUUUGAGUACGACCUGGCGGUGCUGGGUGGAGGGUCGGGAGGGCUGGCGUGUGCCAAGGAGGCGGUGAACCUCGGAGCCAAGGUGGCCGUGUUCGACUAUGUGUCUCCCUCACCGCAAGGAUCCAAGUGGGGUCUCGGUGGAACUUGUGUGAAUGUUGGAUGUAUCCCCAAGAAGUUGAUGCACCAGGCUGCUCUGCUCGGAGAAAGCAUUCAUGAAGCGACCGCCUACGGCUGGGAGAUCCCCUCAGUGGAACAAGUGAACAUCAACUGGGCGAGCCUGACUGAGGCCGUGCAGAACCACAUCAAGUCCGUCAACUGGGUCACCAGGGUCGACCUGAGGGACAAGAAGAUUGAAUACAUCAACGGACUUGGAGAGUUCAAGGACCCGCACACGAUUGUGGCGACGCUGAAGAAUGGCAGCAAGAAGGAGGUGACGGCGAAGCACGUCGUGAUCGCGGUGGGCGGGCGGCCGCACUACCCGGACAUCCCCGGCGCGCUCGACUACUGCAUCACCAGCGACGACAUCUUCAGCCUGAGCUCCCCGCCAGGCAAGACGCUGGUCGUCGGCGCUGGAUACAUCGGUCUCGAAUGCGCGGGCUUCCUCCGCUCGCUCGGCUUCGACGCGACCGUCCUCAUUCGCUCGGUGCCGCUGCGGGGCUUCGACCAACAGAUGGCCAACAUCGUCACCGCCGAGAUGGAGGAGAAGGGAGUCAAGUUCCACCACAAGACGGUCCCGCUGUCGGUGGAGAAGCUGGAUGAUGGGAAGCUCAAAGUACGCUGGCAGAACACCGCUACUGAGGAGAAGUUCGAGGACGUGUUCGACACGGUGCUGAUGGCGACGGGGCGCUACGCACUCACCAAGCAGCUCAACCUGCCCGCGGCCGGGGUCACCUGCCUCAGCAACAACGGCAAGGUGAUCGCGGAGACGGAACAGACCAACGUGCCCCACAUCUACGCAGUGGGCGACGUGUUAGAAGGCCGCCCGGAGCUCACCCCCGUGGCGAUACUGGCGGGCCGACUGCUUGCUAGACGGGUGUUCGCCGGCGCGCAGCAACACAUGGACUAUGAGAAUGUGGCCACCACCGUGUUCACGCCGCUGGAGUAUGGGUGUGUCGGGAUUAGCGAGGAGACUGCCACGCAGAGAUACGGCGCGGACAACAUCGAGGUCUACCACGCGUACUACAAGCCGACGGAGUUCUUCAUCCCGCAGCGCAACAUCAAGAACUGCUACCUGAAGGCGGUGGCGGAGCGCGCGGCGCCGCAGCGCGUGUUGGGGCUGCACUUUGUAGGCCCCGUGGCCGGCGAGGUCAUACAGGGCUUCGCUACGGCUAUCAAAUGCGGUCUGACCAUGGAACUGCUGAUGAACACGGUGGGCAUCCACCCCACGGUGGCCGAGGAGUUCACGCGCCUCAACAUCACCAAGCGCUCCGGCAAGGACCCCAACCCCGCCUCCUGCUGCAGCUAAGCACCUCCUACAAGUGUGUGUCGCCCUGGUACUUUGACGGACUAUUGGUCACUAUGUUUCAUGUAGUUUUUUUUAUGUCACAAGAUUUUGAGACUUGAUGUAAUAAGUAUGUCUUGCAGUACCCAGAGAUUUGUGAUGGAGGUCAUGUUAAAUAGCGAUUUAUUGCUAUGGUUGUAGAGCGUAAAUUCUAAUUCUAGCGCCUAAGUUAUAUUUUAGGAUGUACAGCCAUAGCAUCACACAUCUCUGAGUACUUUUGACUUCCUACGAUCUAUAAUGACCUAGUAAUUUGGAUUAACUCAUCAGUAUCUAUGUGACAUCUUGCCGUUCCAACUUUUGAUAC